UUCAUUGCAGUCCCAUAACAAGACAAAAGUCGAUUUAUUAUUGCAGGAAGUUAACUGGUGAUGCUGCUCCUCCUCCUCCACCUGCUUCUCUCUCUCUCUCUCUCUUUACUGCUCACUCUUCCACUGUCUGCUUCCUAUCAAAAAACCUGCAUCACUUCCUCGCCUUGUUGCUUUUUGCUGCCCUCUGCUCAAUCUCUUGGCCUUCUUCAACCUGUAGUUUGUUGGUCCACUGCACAAACCAACGACUGAGAGGAUGAUGACGGGAGGAGGCGGCAGUAGGUAUCCCUUCACACCAUCCCAAUGGCAAGAGUUGGAGCUCCAAGCGCUCGUCUUCAAGUACAUGGCGUCGGCUAUACCCGUGCCUCCUGAUCUCAUCCACUGCAUCAGGAGAAGCCUCUUCAUGGAUCCGCAAACCCCCCGCUUCCUCCCUAAUGCUCCCGCAAUUGGGUGGGGAGGUUACGGGAUGGGCGAGGCAAGGAAUGCAGUGGAUCCAGAGCCAGGGAGGUGCAGGAGAACAGAUGGGAAGAAGUGGAGGUGCUCCAAGGAGGCUUAUCCUGACUCCAAGUACUGCGAAAGGCACAUGCAUAGGGGGAAAGGCCGUCCAAGAAAGCCUGUGGAAUUGUCUUUAGCCACCAGCCCAGCCUUCUCCCACAACUCGCCAAACUUCCACCCUCCUCUCUCCCUCCCCUCCCCACACACCAAUCAUCUCUUCUUCCCCUGUUCCUCCUCCGUAAGGCCUUCUGCCAGGGGUUUGGGCUACUCGCAUUGUGAAGAUUCCACCAACCUGUGCUUGGAGUCUCUCCCUCUCUCGCUUGAUAAUCACAGGAACGUUGUUGGGUUCAAGGAGGUCGUACCUGAGUUCCCUUUCCUCCCGGAAGGUUGUAGAAAUGGCAUGCAGAUCCCUCCCAGCUUCGGGCCUAUGGGAAUGAACUCAAAACAUGUCUACAGCAACAUGCAGAGCGUUGAUUCCCGUUUCAGGAUGUGCACGUCUGAGGAAGAGAAGGGUGCUGAUCUCAAGAUUGAGAUGGCUGCUAAUGGUAGGUCGGAGAAGGAGGAUGAGGAGCAGAAGCAACCGAGGCCAUUCCACUGUUUUCUUGAUGAGAAGCCUCCCAAAAUGGAUGGUUCUUGGAUGAGCAUGGAUGUGGGGUUGAAGACGCAGCUAUCUAUGUCUAUUUCGAUCGCGAAUCAUGACAUGCCGGUCAUUGCUUCUCAGUGUUACAAUGAUGGUUGAUUUCUGAAGGCGAGAAGAGACAGGGUUUCAUGGCCCGACUGAUCCUUCUCUGAUGCUUGCUCUAGAUUUCACUAUGUUAAUCUUCUUCCUCCUUCCCAGUCUCUUGCUAAUAUUUUGUAAUGUAGAGAUGUUGCUAUGUUUUCGACUCUGUUUGCGAAAUGUCGUUGAUUAAACUACAAUCUCUGAAAUUUUGUCAUUCUAGUAAAGAGAUCAUAUUGGUUAUCUUA